CCGCCCUGCCAGCACACAACCUCAGUCCUCACUCCUCACUCGAGAAACCUUCUUCCUGCAGUCUAGACACACAAAUCCUGCUCCACAAUGAGAGAAAUUGUUCACAUCCAGGCUGGUCAGUGCGGAAACCAGAUCGGAGCCAAGUUCUGGGAAAUCAUCUCUGACGAGCAUGGAAUUGACCCAACAGGAACCUAUCACGGGGACUCAGAUCUCCAGUUAGAGAGAAUCAAUGUUUACUAUAACGAAGCCAGCGGUGGCAAGUAUGUACCCAGAGCUGUGCUUGUCGAUCUGGAGCCAGGAACCAUGGACAGUGUCAGAUCCGGACCUUUUGGACAGAUCUUUAGACCAGAUAAUUUUGUGUUCGGGCAGAGCGGAGCAGGGAACAACUGGGCCAAGGGUCAUUACACAGAAGGCGCUGAGCUGGUUGACUCUGUACUAGAUGUUGUGAGGAAGGAAGCCGAGAGCUGUGAUUGUCUCCAGGGAUUCCAGCUUACACACUCCCUCGGUGGAGGAACCGGGUCCGGGAUGGGAACACUCCUUAUCUCCAAGAUCAGAGAAGAAUACCCUGACAGGAUUAUGAACACCUACUCCGUUGUCCCCUCCCCUAAGGUAUCAGACACCGUUGUCGAACCCUACAAUGCCACCCUCUCCGUUCACCAGUUGGUUGAGAAUACCGAUGAAACCUAUUGUAUUGACAACGAAGCUCUUUAUGACAUCUGCUUCAGAACUUUGAAACUUACCACCCCCACCUACGGAGAUCUUAAUCAUUUGGUUUCUCUUACCAUGUCAGGUGUGACCACCUGCCUUAGAUUCCCUGGUCAGUUGAACGCUGAUCUCAGGAAGCUUGCAGUUAACAUGGUUCCCUUCCCUCGUCUUCAUUUCUUUAUGCCUGGGUUUGCUCCUCUCACUUCCCGUGGCUCUCAACAAUAUAGAUCCCUUACCGUCCCGGAGCUCACACAGCAGAUGUUUGAGGGUAAGAACAUGAUGGCCGCCUGUGAUCCUCGCCACGGACGAUAUCUCACCGUAGCUGUCGUCUUCAGAGGACGCAUGUCCAUGAAGGAGGUGGAUGAACAGCUCUUGAACAUCCAGAACAAGAACAGCAGUUACUUCGUUGAAUGGAUUCCGAAUAACAUCAAGACUGCUGUCUGUGACAUCCCCCCAAGAGGGUUAACCAUGGCAGGAACGUUUAUCGGGAACUCUACUGCUAUUCAGGAACUCUUCAAAAGGAUUGGAACUUCAUUUACUGCCAUGUUCCGUAGGAAAGCUUUCUUGCAUUGGUAUACAGGUGAGGGUAUGGACGAGAUGGAGUUCACUGAAGCUGAAUCCAACAUGAAUGAUCUUGUCUCCGAGUACCAGCAGUACCAGGAGGCAACUGCUGAGGAUGAUUAUGAAGAAGGAGAGGGUGAAGACUAUGAAGACGAGUAAAUGGAUACAGGGUGGUACAAAAUACAAGCAUAUUAUCUAGUCCUCUGCAACUCUUGAUGUAUUUUUAUGACACCCUGUUCCUAUUAUUUAUAAAUCUAAUUUUAAGGGUUAAAUAUAAUAUGCAUUUAUUCUAAA